ACGCAGUUCCAAGAAAAGAGUUUUUUGACCCCUACAUCCUUCAUUCCUCUGUAGGGAUUAGGGCGGAGGGAUGAGCCCUUCCGAAUGGAGCGCAGGGAGGGAUACUGCGUAAACAUGUUUCCCACUGGAUUUGAUCCAUGCGCAGGAGUUUUUUAAUACUUAUAAAUUCUCUUCUUAUUGGACAAGACUGCAAAUGAAGAAUCUUCCAGAAAUUACAAUCUUUUGAAGGCCACGGAUGAUAAAACAUGAAGUUUAGUUAGAAAGAGUUGUUAAAAACAAGUUGAGUGAUUGAUUGUGCUGAUCUGUGUUCAGUGUCAGUUUAUCUGAGCGAGGAAAGGACUCUCUCUCUAAGAUGAGUCUCUCAGAGAAACACAGAGUAAGAUCAGACUCACAUGUGUCCAGCUCUGUGUCUCUGAAGAGUGAUCAUUCAAAAGGAGGAGUACCAGACUUCAGUGGGGAAAAACCAUCAUCUGAUAAAAGAGUAAGAUCAGACUCACAUGUGUCCAGCUCUGUGUCUCUGAAGAGUGACUGGUCAAAAGGUGGAGUACCAGACUUCAGUGGGGAAAAACCAUCAUCUAAUAAAAGGCUUCAAUAUGAGACAUUAGACUCAGACGUUCAGACUCACAGGAAACACCAGAGUUUCACAGACAAGCUCCAGUGGAUCUUCCAGGAUCUUGAGAGCAAAAUAAUCACAUUUCUGACGAAAGAGCUGGAAAAGUUUAAGAAAAUAUUACAAAAUGAGAACACACAAAACUUUGUGAAGGACUUUAAUGAGAAUAGAUGCAGUAUCAAAGCAGCAGCUCUUGAUCUCACACUACAUUACCUGAGAGAGAUGAAGCAAGAUGAAGCUGCUGAUGCUCUAGAAGAUGAGCUGCUCUUUAUUCAUCAGCUCAAAUGUGGCCUAAAGAAGAAGUAUCAAUGUGUGUUUGAAGGAAUUGCGAAGCAAGGUGACUCCACACUUCUGAAUAACAUCUACACAGAUCUCUAUAUCACUCAGGGUGGCAGUGAACAGGUCAAUACUGAACAUGAGGUCAGACAGAUUGAAGUUGCUUCCAGGCGGCAUGAAUCACAAGAGAUACAGGUUAAAUGCAGAAAUUUGUUUGAAGCACCUGAACAAGAUGAGGAGAUCCGAACUGUACUGACAAAAGGAGUCGCUGGCAUCGGAAAAUCAGUCUCUGUGCAAAAGUUUGUUCUGGACUGGGCUGAAGGAAAAGAAAAUCAAGAUAUCAGCUUCAUAUUUCCUCUUCCAUUCAGAGAGAUGAACUUAAAGGAGAAAGAAAAACUAAGUUUGAUGGACCUUAUAACUCAAUUUUUCCCAGAAACAAAAGGACUGAACCUUACAAGAAGGAAUAAUUUCAAAGUCCUGUUCAUCCUUGAUGGAUUGGACGAAUGUCGUCUUCCUCUGAAUUUUGAUUGUAAUGAGAAGUGGUGUGAUGUAUCGUCACCAGCCUCUCUGGAUGUUCUCCUAACGAACCUCAUGAAGGGAAAUCUGCUUCCUUCUGCUCUCAUCUGGAUCAGCACCAGACCAGCAGCUGCCAGUAAGAUUCCUCCUGACUGUAUCGACCGGCUGACAGAGAUACGAGGAUUCAAUGACUCACAAAAGGAAGAGUACUUCAAAAAAAGAUUCACGGAUCAGAAUCAGGCCAACACAAUCAUUGAUCAUGUUAAAAAAUCAAAGAGUCUCUUUAUCAUGUGCCACAUCCCAGUCUUCUGCUGGAUUUCAGCCACUGUUCUCCAGAACAUUCUGGAGGAGAAAAGAAAUAAUGAUGUGAAAAACAAUCAGGCUGAUGAGAUCUCUAAAACACUGCCGGAAUCAAAUACUAAAGACACUCCCAAGACUCUGACACAAAUGUACACACACUUUCUCCGCUUUCAGAUCCAGCAGAGCCGCCGAAAGUAUGAUGGAGAAUACACAGCUGAUGUUUCCUGGGAUAAAGACGCCAUCCUUUCACUGGGGAAACUGGCACUUCAUCAGCUGGAAAGAAACAACGUGAUCUUCUAUGACACAGACCUGGAAGCCUGUGGUAUUGACGUCUAUAAGGCAUCAGUGUACUCAGGCAUGUGUACCCAGAUCUUUAAGGAGGAAACAGGGAUCACUCUUGGUACCAUGUACUGCUUUGUUCACUUGAGCAUUCAAGAGUUUAUUGCAGCCCUUUAUGCACAUCUGUUUCUAGACAUCAACAAGAAAAGUGUGUUUGAUCACGAGUCUACAGGACAGGAAAACAAAAAUGAAACAAUGAUUGAUUUUCUCAAGACUGCAGUGGACAAGGCGCUCGAGAGCGACAGUGGACACCUGGACCUUUUCCUUCGCUUCCUCCUUGGUCUGUCGCUCCAGUCCAAUCGACGACUCUUACGAGGUCUGUUGACACAGCAAGAUGACAAUGACCAGAGCAACAAGGAAAUAGUUCAGUACAUCAAGCAGAAAUUAGAAGAUAAUCUGCCUGCAGAGAGAUCCAUCAAUCUGUUCUACUGUCUGAACGAACUGAACGACCAAACUCUGCUGAAGGAGAUCCAGACCCACCUUAGCAAAGGAAGUCUCUCAUCUGGUGACCUUUCACCUGCCCAGUGGUCUGCUUUGGUCUUUGUGUUGUUGACAUCAAAGGAAGAGCUGGAGGUGUUUGAGCUUCAGAAAUUCAAGAGAUCAGACGAGUGUCUCAUUAGAUUAUUGGCAGUCAUCAAAACCUCCAGAAGAGCUCUGUAA